AUGGUUAAACAUUUACCGUUAACAUUAAAUCAUCGUUGGAAAACAAAAGAAUCAGCAACCGUUUUGCUUCAAACAAACAAGCAAUUCACUCAAUCGGACACUACACAGAAGAGGAACAUGACUGCUGUCAAGGAAGAGCCGGAAUUGAAGAAACAAAAAAUAACAGACGUCUCCGAGAGACCCGUCAUCGUGCCCCCCAGAGACGCUGAGCUGUCGUAUACUCCGUUGAAGACGGGUCUAUGUUAUGAUGUGAGGAUGAGGUAUCAUGCUAAAAUUUUCACCUCGUAUUUUGAAUAUAUCGACCCUCAUCCAGAGGAUCCUCGAAGAAUUUAUCGUAUUUAUAAGAUUUUGGCCGAGAAUGGACUCAUUAAAGAUCCAACCUUGAGCGGGAUUGAGGACAUUGGUGAUUUGAUGUUGAAAAUCCCAGUGAGGGAUGCUACUGAAGAGGAAAUAUUGGAAGUGCACUCUAAAGAACAUUAUGACUUUAUAGAAAAGACUUCCACAAUGAAUCGUGAAGAACUACUGAAAGCAACUGAAAAGGGUGAUUCUGUUUAUUUUAAUAAUGAUUCGUUCGCCAGCGCAAAACUACCUGUAGGUGGAUCUAUUGAGGCUUGUAAAGCUGUUGUUGAAGGUCGAGUGAAAAAUUCAUUGGCGGUGGUGAGGCCUCCGGGACAUCAUGCGGAACCUCAAGCAGCUGGUGGGUUUUGUCUAUUUAGUAAUGUGGCAAUUGCAGCGAAGAACAUUUUGAAAAAUUAUCCGGAAAGUGUGAGAAGAAUUAUGAUCUUAGAUUGGGAUAUCCAUCACGGGAAUGGUACUCAAAAGGCAUUUUAUGAUGAUGACCGUGUAUUGUACAUCUCAUUACAUAGAUUUGAAUUAGGAAAAUAUUACCCUGGGACCAUAAAUGGUCAAUACGACCAAACUGGGGAAGGAAAAGGUGAAGGUUUCAACUGUAAUAUAACGUGGCCUGUAGGUGGUGUUGGUGAUGCAGAAUAUAUAUGGGCUUUUGAACAAGUUGUUAUGCCCAUGGCUAGAGAGUUCCAACCAGACUUAGUCAUCAUAUCAUCUGGAUUUGAUGCUGCUGAUGGUGACAGUAUUGGCCAGUGUCAUGUGACACCUAGUUGUUAUGGUCAUAUGACUCAUAUGUUAAAAUCCCUGGCUAAGGGAAACUUAUGUGUCGUUUUGGAGGGUGGUUACAAUUUAGAUGCCAUUGCUAGAAGUGCUCUAAGUGUUGCAAAAAUACUGAUCGGUGAACCUCCUGAUGAAUUACCAGACCCACUAAGGGACCCUAAGCCAGAAGCCAUAGAGAUAAUCGAUAAAGUUAUUAGGUUACAAUCUAAAUAUUGGAAAUGUUUCAAGAGGAGGUAUGGUAAUGCCGGAUGCAACUUCAAGGAUGAAAUUAACGAAUCCCUUAUAUCUAAAAAUUUUCCUCUUCAACAGGCUAUUCGUGAGCAACAAUUGAAUACUCUUUCACAGGAUUUCAAAUUUGCCACACUACCAUUGUUGAAACCGGAACUGCCUAAGGAUACAGUAUUGUGUUCUCCAAAUGUCUAUCAAUCAAAAACAGUAAUAAUAUGUGCACAUGACACACCUGAAAUAUGGGCUAAACGUGAUGUGAUUCAAGGGACCAUCGAUCCAUCAUCAUCGAUUAUAGUAGAUUCAACAUUAGACUUUAUUAAAUGGGCAAAUGAGAAAAAAUACGGUGUCAUUGAUAUAAAUAUCCCUCAGAAUUUAUUUGAACAAGAGAAUUAUUCAGCAAUUGUCACUUCUCAAGAAGUAUUAACUUAUAUUUGGGAUAAUUAUUUGAAAUAUUUCCCAAAUGUUGAAAAGGUAGCCUUUAUAGGUAUUGGUGAUGCUUAUUCAGGGAUUGUUCAUCUAUUAGGCCACAGAGAUACGAGGUCAGUUGUAAAGUCAGUAAUUAACUUCAUUGCACAGAAACAAUUGAGAGCAUUGGUACCUCUUGUUGAUGAAUCAUUAAGUGAUUGGUACUUUAAGAACUCGCUAGUUUUUUCAGAUAAGAGUCACACUUAUUGGGGUGAUAAAGAGAAUAAGAAACCGAGGAAAAAAUAUGGUAGAUUAUUGAGAUGUGAGACUGACGGGAUAAAUAAUAUUGUUGAAGAGAGAUUUGAAGAAGCCACUGAUUUUAUCUUGGAUUCCUUCGAGGAAUGGAGUGAUAGUGAGUAA